UUUUUUUCUCCAUCACGUUGAAUGCACAAAUUAAUUUGCAUUUCAUUGAAUCACCAAGCGGAAUCUAAAUGAAAAGGAAAAAAAACUGGUUUUCAGUCGAAAAAAAAAACGAUUUGGAUCUUGCCGAAAAGGUUUCCGCUUUGCCAUUUAAAAAAAAUACGCAACACUCGCUAGAUUUACGAAUACAAGUGAAAUGUGUGACUGAAAAGGCGAUAAAAUAGGCUAAAUGGUAGAGAGAUACAUACAAACACAUAGUACGUGAAAAAGAUGCCAAUCGAGUACAAUCCGACCUACGGCUCAGUGGUGUUGUUGCAUGAGAACCAUUUUUGAUUCCAUCAAACAUUGAACGAAUUAAAAAAAAAAAAAUUCUUUUUAUACGGCAAAAGGAAAGGAAAUCGAUGUAAUUUAUUUUUUUAAAAAAUAAUUCUAUAGUCUUCGUCUAGUAUAAGAAGUGUCCCGUUUAUUUAUUGUCGAAGUAAGAGUGGAAAAAAGUCAGGCGAAAAAAAGCAAGAGAAUUUGUGUGUGAUAUCAGUAUGGUGUAUUGAUUGUUUGCGUAAAGAAAAGAUACUUGCGCUGCUGUCAUUUGGCAUCAAAUUCAUUUUCAUAUUUCAAUCUAUGGGCAACGAGGCCAGUGUUCUCGGCUGCGGUAAAAUAAAAAAUUAAGUUGUAAAAAAAUUUAAAAUUUUCUUUUUUGUCACUGAUAAAACGUGUGUGCGUGUGUGUGUGGCAAAGCGACACCGAUUCCGUAUAAUGUGAGCGAAAUAGAAUUAAUGGCAUUAGUCACGAAGAGCUGUAAGAAGUGUGUGUAUUACAAAAAUCGAUUAUUCACCAUACGCAUGAAGUGAAUUUUGUGUGUCCUGUGCAUAGUGUUUGUACAACGAUUUACGAGUAAAUUGAGUGUCGUGAAGAAACAUUCCAACCAAGAAAAACAACAACAACUACCAGAAUCAUUCAAAGAUAAAAGAUCUAUACAACGACAAUAAAAAAAAGAAGAAGAAAAGAAAGCACGAAAAAAUCAAAUACAAAUAGAAGCGUGUGCUUCGUCUCCAAUAACAUAUUUUAAUCGGUCAAAGCCACUUUCGUGUCGUUGUCAUUCUGUUAAGUUCGAUACAUAACAAAAAUCACGGCGCGCAAAACACUUGAUCAAAUAAAAAAAAGCGAACAAGAUUCAUUGAAAUUAAUAGAAGUUAAUUUCAAAACUGUGUAAAAAAACCCCAUUACACAAACGUAUUUAAGUGAAACAUACAAACCGUUUGAAAAUAUUACGAGGCAGAAAGAGACAAAGAGAUAGAAAUUAAAAUGAUGGCUGGUCAAACAAUAAACGAUCGACUUUUAGCGGCCCGUCACAGUUUAGCUGGUCAAGGACUUGCUAAAUCAGUAUGCAAGGCGACUACAGAAGAAAUGAUUGCACCGAAAAAGAAACAUUUAGAUUAUUUAGUGCACUGUACAAAUGAACCAAAUGUAUCAAUACCACAGUUGGCCAACUUGUUGGUGGAACGAACACAAAAUGCAAAUUGGGUGGUUGUAUACAAAUCAUUACUCACCGUACAUCAUCUACUAGCAUAUGGAAAUGAGAGAUUUAUGCAAUACCUAGCGUCAAGUAAUUCCACGUUUAAUUUAAGCAAUUUUCUGGAUAAAGGUGGCGUCCAAGGCACCGUCGGUGCAAGGAUUGGCUAUGAUAUGUCGCCGUUCAUACGACGCUAUGCGAAAUACCUGAACGAUAAGGCAUUGUCAUAUCGCACCGUGGCAUUUGACUUUUGCAAAGUGAAGCGUGGAAAGGAGGAGGGUUCAUUGCGUACAAUGAACGCUGAUAAAUUGCUGAAAACAUUACCAGUACUGCAGUCCCAAUUGGACGGUCUGCUUGAGUUCGACUGCCAAGCAAAUGAUCUCUCUAACGGUGUGAUAAACAUGUGCUUCAUGCUACUGUUUCGUGACUUGAUCCGUUUGUUUGCAUGCUACAAUGAUGGAAUCAUUAAUUUGCUGGAGAAAUACUUUGAUAUGAACAAGAAGCAGUGUAAAGACGCUCUGGACUUGUAUAAGCGUUUCUUGGUGCGAAUGGAUCGUGUCGGCGAAUUUCUCAAAGUUGCCGAGAAUGUUGGCAUCGAUAAGGGAGAUAUUCCAGAUUUGACCAAGGCUCCAAGCUCAUUACUCGAUGCUCUUGAAGGACAUCUUGCUACAUUGGAAGGUCGAAAAACUUCAGCUGCAAACACACCAACACAAUCGUCAAGCUCUGGGUUUGGUGCUUCAGGAGCUCGUGGGGAUCAAUAUGCAAAUGGUAUCGAUGAAUCAAUCAAACAACAAGCUCUUGCCGAAGAAGAAGCCGCCAUGAACCAAUACAGACAAACAAAAUCAUCGCCAACUGGAGGUGCAUCGGCUGCAGCAAAUAACCCAUUUUUGUCGUCACCAACAACCUCAGGAAAUAUUGUUGAUUUGUUUGGCCCAACAGCAGCUUCCGCCCAGCCACCAAAUUCGAAGGCAUCCGAUGAUCUGCUGCAAUUGGGAAAUCCGUUUGCAGAUAUGUUUGGUAGUCCUGCUCCUGCUGCGCAGCCGCUAGUUGCUCCUGCAUCACAAUCCAACGCAUUCGUUUCGGACAGUAAUUUCUCGUCAGUGUUCGGUGCCACUGAACCAGUUGAAGCGACAUUAGCGAAUCCAUUCCUUACGGAAACAAUUGCUCCAGCAGGUUUUGACGCAUUGGGUGAUGUUUUGAAACCAGCUUCUGCUUUGACAGCGACAACAACAAACGGAAGUAUAACAAAUCCAACGGGAAAUGUUCUCGGUUCUGUUUCGUCAACAGGUCAACAACCGGCUGGUGGCCAGCAACAAGCCGCUCAGGCGAAUCCAACGGGAAAAGUACUUACAGGCGAUUUGGAUAGCUCGUUGGCAUCGCUGGCCGAAAAUCUAACGAUGAACAAAGGUCAAUGGAAUUCGCCUAAGAAUUCGGCUAAACCUGGUUCAACCGGAUGGUCUCCACAGCCAAUGGCCGCUACAACUGGUGCUAACUAUCGUCCAAUGGCGCAAGGUACUGUAAGUCCAGCUCCAAGCACUGUACAUUAUCCAUUUGUACAUGCUUCCUAUUCUGCAAUGACACAAUACUUACAGCAAGGGAUGCCAAUUCGUCAACCAAUGAUGGCCGGAACGCAGCCGGGAAUGAUGCCAAUGGGCAUGGGUAUGGUUCUGCCAACGAAUGCCAACGCUACUCAACAACAAUUCAUCAUUCCACAACAAACGAGUGCAGUUUCGACUGACCAUCAAAAUGGUAAAGCCAAUAAUGUGCAACUGGACCCAUUUGGAGCAUUUUAAGAACAAACGGUUCGAACAAAAAUUUAGAAGAAAAAAAAAGAUCAAACAAUCCGAAAAUGGCAUCGAGUAUAAAAAAAAAACAAACAAACAAACAAAUUACAUAGAUUCUAUUCUACUAUAAUAUAUGUAUAAAAAGAAAAGAGGAAUUCUGAUGAUUAUUUACAAAGAAAGAUAAAAAAAAUCUAUUCAUACAGUUCUUGAUAUAGGACAGAGAUAACAGAAAAAAAUUUGUAGAGUAUAUAUAUAUACAUUAAAAUAAAUAUAUAUUUAAAUAUCGAUUUAUGUUUAAAGUAUUAUGCAUGGAAGCCGCAGCGCAUCGAGGCUCAACAAACAUUGAACACCUCGCCGGCAAGUCGCUUAGUUGAAAUCAUAUUAUGAUAUAAAGUUUGCAAAUAGCAUCAUUUCCGAUAUAAAAUCGUUACUUUGAGAACACAAACACACACACAGAGAAAGCAUAAAAGAUGAACAAAUACUAAUGGAGAGUAAAUAGUAAUUUCCGGCAGCAGCAGAAGCAGAAAUAUAGUUGAUGAUUUGUUUAUUUCAUUUUAAGAUCGUUUCAAAUUUGCAUCAAAUACAUAUUAUGCCAGUACACUGACUGCAACAGCAGAUCAGCGUCCAAUUCAACUUAAAUAAAAACAAAAUGAAGACAAAAUCUAUUUAUCUAAA